AUGCGCCUUCUUCCAUGUGUAUGUCACUUGUUUGCAUCAAGAAUGUCAAUUCCUGGAGGGCAAACUCCUAGUGGCAUUCUGGCUAUCGACAAGGCAAGGGAGCCCAUCACCUUAGUACUGGCAGAAGAUGGCACCAUUGUGGAUGAUGAAGAUUACUUCCUGUGCCUGCCAGCUAACACCAAGUUUGUGGCACUGGCCAAGAAUGAGAAAUGGUCCAGCAAAAGCUUAGACAGCGGAACAGCCUGGCUCUCGGAGUCUGUGGAUGAAGUGGACAGUGCUGCAGAGAAGUGGAAGCAGCUGGCCAGGCAACUGAAGGAUGACCUGUCUAAUAUUAUCUUGAUGUCUGAAGAAGACCUCCAGGUGCUUAUUGAUGUCCCACGUUCAGACCUGGCAGAAGAACUUGCCCAAAGUCAAACCAAAAUCCAAGUAUUGCAGGACACCCUGCAGCAGGUGCUGGACAGACGGGAAGAAGAACGCCAGUCAAGACAGCUCCUGGAACUCUACCUAGAGGCCUUGAAAAAUGAAGACAGUGUCUUAAGCAAAGUAGCAGAAUCUGAGACUGUACCAAGAAAGGAGAUGGAUGUGGUUGACACAGGUACCAGCAGUACAGCCCCUGCAGCCAAAACGGCGCUCAGUGACCAGAUCCUUGCUGCUCUGAAAGAGAAACCUGCUCCAGAGCUCUGCUUGGACAGUCAAGACCUAGAGCUGGUCUUGAAAGAAGACACACAAGCCCUGGCCUCGGCUCUAAGAUGGGACAAACAGAAAGCUGAAGCUCUGCAGCAAGCCUGUGAUCAGGAGCUCUCCAAGCGUCUACAACAAGUGCAGGCUUUGCAUUCCCUAAGGAGCACCUCAAAGGGCAAGAAAACGCUACCCUGGGGAGACUGGAUUAGUUCAAAACGCAAAAAAUAA